CUGACUCAAACUCUAAGGUUUAAAAUUUAAAACAAGUGUACCUAAUAUUGUUUUAAGUUUGGGAUAGUGUUUGUUGUUAAAAUGAAUCAGUAUCACACGGAACGACGCUUGUGCAUUUGUUACAGCUUACUCGCCGGCCUCCUCACGAUAUCAAUAGUAUGCAUUGCAAUUCCGUAUAAUCACUGGCGUGUGUCUUUGGAUAUGUGUCCUGGGAAUUUCUUGGAGAACAUUAGUUGUGGUUGUAUAUUGAAUGGGGUCUUUACAUCCCAAUCCUUCAAUGGAGGACACAACUCAUACUGUUUAUACGCUAUAUUCGCUCCUAUUCCCGUUAUAGUUUAUGCCAUUGUAAUGGCAUUAUUUCAUAUGUACAGAGUGUGCAUAAAUAAUAUUGGUAAAUAUGAAGAUGAAAAAACAACAGAAAUGGAGGAAAUCGAAGGAAGAUCCAUUGUAGUCACAUCAAGAUCUCAAGUAACAGAUUCAAAUGACUCUGUCAUCUAUUGCUGGAUACCAACAUCAUGUCUGGCUGCCAUUCUCUGUCUAUACAACUUAGUGCAUGCUAUAAUUACAACAGAUGGAUAUUUUAGAACAUGCACACAGUACAGAGGUGCAUUAGUCAGGGAUCUAAGACAGAGUGGAUCUUCAGCAAUAGCUAUACAUUUUCGUCUCAAUUGCCAAGCCAUUUUUGACUUUAUGGAUUACGUACAUAACGACUCCCAAAAUAGUCGCAGAGGAGAUUACAUAAAUACAGGGGCAUCGUUACAACUGGCUCUAUUCGCAACUUGGGCAUCUGUUGUUUUAUGGAUAGUAAUUGUUGUUUUCACUGCUCUCAGAGCUUACAGAGAGAGGCAUGUGUUAACAUGUUGCGGCAAUUAAAUAAGUAUAGACUUGCACAUUACUGACAUGUUUUCAGUGGCCUUAUGGCAACAUUUUUGUUAGUAUUGCAUCAGAAACAGUAUUGGCAGUUUCUAAGGGAUAUCAGCAGUUAUGCAUUCCAGUUUAAGGGUACAAUAAAACUAUUAAAAAUAUGAAAUCAUAAAAUUGAUAUCAAUAUAAUGUACAUAAGUGUUGUGGUGUAUAUGAGCCUAUUACCGUGUAACAGCAAGAUAGCCAACCUAAUAAUAAUAACACAGAUAAAAUUACAGAGAUUCCUGCCAUGUGGUAUGUUGUAUGAAUCAAGAUUUUUUCCAUUAUUGUGCUUCAACCAACAGCCUACAAAGCUUUCCCAAUCCGGCAUUCCAAGUACGGCUUAAGGCCCGCAAAUAGAAAUCUUGACAUAA